GUUGAAACCAAAUUCGAAUUUUGUCCAAGCGAUACUCACGGAGAAGGACGCGAUGACUGGGGAAAAGACAAUUGCAGCGCUCAAAACGAACUUUCUGCGGCAGCAGAUCCGGAUUCUCUCGCAGCCGCUGAAACUCAGCGACAAGGCAAAACAACGCUCGGAAUUUUCAGACAAUGAAUUGAGGGACGUGAUGCUUAAAGCGAAUCAAAUCGUACGACGACAUAACAACGCUGUGUUCGACCGGGUAGCAGUCUCAAAUGUUGCUACGCAGAUUGAGCAGUUAUUUUGGUACUCUUCGGAGCCGGAUGACCAUCUUGCGGGCGGCGAACUUGGGGACGAUGGUGUUUUGAGAAUUGGCGACGAUCUCGCGGACGCAGAUAAUAUCCACAAGCUCUCGACGAUGUUUGACGAAGAUGAGCAGUCGACAGAGUUUGCAGAGGCCUUGGCCCUUUUGCAGGAUCUCAGCGAAAAACAGCAAGCUCUUAAACGAAAACUCGAGAGAUAUAAACGGCUGCAAAGGCUGCUCGAGCCCUUAGAGAACCCUCAGCAAAGUGUGCAGCCAAAUCUCGUGACGCGAGAUGGCCCGCUAGCUGAUGAGCUUGCGAGGUCGAAAACAUUGGGCAUUAGGGUGGCUGGCGGGCUUGCUCGAAGAAAUGAGAGAGGGGAGAGGAGCAGCGCAUCAGAGAACGGUGAUAUCGACAUGGUUGACGAAGGCCAGAAGGUCGCAGCACUCCUCAAGGAGUAUUGAAGAUGAAUACCACAGAUUUUACGAACUGAUUUCAAGGACUAGGUUCAUUAUGUACAAGUAAAUCACAGAUUUAUGUUGUAAUAUAGCAGCGGGAAGGCUCGUAGCAAGACUGUGAGCCACGUGUAUGGUUUUAUUUCUUCACGAAGCGUGGCAAGAGAUACCCACAACAAACGACGGAGCUACGACAAAGUAAACAAAUGCAACGUGUAAUUGAAGCAAUGCCAU